AUGGCCACAAGCCCUCCUCAGGAGGCGUUUUGGGACGUGUUCCCCAACUUCUUGAACGACCCGCAGACGGCCGAAAUCUUCAAAAACAUGCCGGAGGAUGCCGAUGAGUGGCACCGCCUCCAUGCCAGCAGGAACGGCAGCAUCGUCCCGGGAAGCAAGGAUGAGCUGAGAUUGCGGGUGGACAGCAGCUCUACGUUGGCCCAAAGUCUACUUGCGCUCUUCGACAUCAACCCUGUUUGCAGCAUCUGCGGUCAGCAGGAUGGCCGGACCAACUUCAAUGGGCACCUGAAGUCCAACAGUGGUCAGCACUUCCCGGUCCUCUGGGCGAGGCAGGAGAAGUUGAAAAAAAGCGGCGUCCCUGAACAAGACCUGCCAAAUAGUUUCUGGCAGCAUUGGGUUACCUUACUGGGCGAGUUCGCCUUCAACCACCUCACCGGUGAUCUCAUCGGCAGGAGGAGUCGCUUCCAGCUCGGCCUUGUGGUAAAUCGGCCCGAGGAGCUCCCAGAAGCGGGGAAAUGGAUCAGAGUCUGCUCACCAGCAUCUUCGAAGUUCCAGCCGGAGCAGGACGCCGCCUCCUGGGCGCAAGCUUGGACUGCGACCUGCUCCGGUAGGCCUGCUUGGCGGGAGAUGAUGAAGCGGCCAGCGAGGCGCCUGGCGGAGAUCUUGCAGUACAACGGCCUGCCCGACAAUCCUUGCAACAUAUGCGGGUCCAAUGGCUCCAUGUAUGAGAACGCGCUCCGGGGACCGAGGCACUACAGCCUCCUUUACCAGGUGCCUGGACUACCCGAAGACCCACGUCGGUAUCAAAGUUGGCAACUGCCCGCCGGCGAGGUCGUGUUCGACCACGUCACGGGCGAGAUCCGAAUGUUGCGCUCGGCUCAGCGGACCUCGUCUUGGUGCGCGCCGCAGCCCUUCAUGCCACCGCAGCCUCAGGAGCCCACGGCAGCACCACAAGCGCAGCCCACCGCGCACGCUGCACGGCAGGACUAUGCGCCGCAGCCCUCCGCGGGAGCUACACAGCAGGCCUUUCAGCCACAUCAGCAUGUGCCACAGCCCACCGCAACAGCAGCAGGACCACCACCACCACCCGAACCACAACAACAUGCCACGCAACAACAUUCCCAGGACUAUGCGCCGCAGCCCUCCGCAGGAGCUACACAGCAGGCCUUUCAGCCACAUCAGCAUGUGCCACAGCACACUGCAACAGCAGCAGGACUACCACCACCACCCGAACCACAACAACAUGCCACGCAACAACAUUCCCAGGACUAUGCGCCGCAGCCCUCCGCGGGAGCUACACAGCAGGCCUUUCAGCCACAUCAGCAUGUGCCACAGCACACUGCAACAGCAGAAGGACCACCACCACCACCCGAGGCCUUUGCACCACAACAACAUGCCACGCAACAACAUUCCCAGGACUAUGCGCCGCAGCCCUCCGCGCGAGCUACACAGCAGGCCUGUCAGCAACAUCAGCAUGUGCCACAGCCCACCGCAACAGCAGCAGGACCCCCACCGCCACCGGAGUUCGUGCUAAUGCAGCAGCCUGCAGCGCUUGAACCCGCCUCGCCGCGGCCCGCCGCGCGCGCUGCCCAGCAGGAAGCCGUUGCAGCCUCCCAAGCACCGCCAGCGCAGCCUCCUCUGCCGGCACAGGUCCGGGCGUCCCUGGCAUCGCUUCAGGAGCUCGUGGACGACCCGAUCCCAAUCUUCUAUGAGUACCAGGAUCCGGCCACGGGAGGUUGCUGGUGGUGGAACGCCGAGACGGAGGAGGCUCGCUUUGUGCAUCCGCUAGCGCCGGCUCUGGUGCUGAGGGGCUGA